AUGGCGUGCACGUUUGUCCAUGUACUCCCUGCCUCCAUACAGCAACAUAUUCAGUCAGCCUCCACGCUGAUUCACUGCCACUUGAGGAGUUACUGGCCCAUGCCUGAGCACUUAGGAAGAGGAACUUGUGGUAGCAGCUGCAAGUCCCACCAAAGCAAACAUGUUCUCCCAACUGUGGGCCCUUCUGCAAGAAUUAAAUGCUACAGAUGUAAUGGCCCAAACCACCUUGCAAGGGACUGCCGCCAGAAGGGGCAAGUGACUCGGACCUGUUACUACCACUACCACAGGUGCCAGGAGCCAAGGCACGUCAUAACAUUGUACGGGAAACGAGCAGGGGGACAAUAUAUCAACACCAGCCUCAGCCCGCUCCAGGAUGUCAAUGCAGCACUACCAGUUGUGAUGUCUCUCCCACCUGACUAUGUCAAUGCCAGUCUCUCUUCGCCACAUAUCAUGAAAGAGACUCCCAGUAAUUGA